CUUGCUCCUACCCCGCCCAUCUGCCCGGCUGGGAAGCUAAAAUAAUAAAAUGCUGAUCUGACACACUCUUCUGGCUGCCUCGCCUGUGCCCUGCCCGCUGGGUUCACACCGCUCAGAAAAAAGGCAGCGGCUGACACAGCCCACCAAAGCUCCAGCCUCCUUUUUCUGCAUCACCGGAGAGACGUAACCUUUGCAACAAGCUGCACCAGCCAUGACUUCCUACCAGAAAGAGCUGGAGAAAUAUCGAGAUAUCGAUGAAGACAAGAUCCUGAAGGAAAUGUCGCCGGAGGAGCUGGCUCAGCUGGAUCUCGAGCUCCAGGAAAUGGACCCCGAAAACGUGCUGCUCCCAGCCGGGCUACGCCAACGAGACCAGACCAAGAAGAGUCCCACUGGACCGCUGGAUCGAGACGCCCUCAUGCAGCAUCUAGAGAAGCAGGCGCUGGAGGCGAAGGAGCGGGAAGAUCUGGUGCCCUUCACCGGCGAGAAGAAAGGAAAACCUUUUAUUCCAAAGAACCCCAAGAGAGAAAUCCCCAAAGAAGAGCAGAUCACACUGGAACCUGAGCUAGAGGAGGCCUUAGCAAAUGCCACUGAUGCAGAAAUGUGCGAUAUUGCAGCCAUCCUGGGCAUGUACACACUCAUGAGCAACAAACAAUACUAUGACGCCAUCUGCAGCGGCAACAUCUCGAACACGGAAGGCAUCAACAGCGUGGUGCAGCCGGAUAAGUACAAGCCCGUCCCAGAUGAGCCCCCGAACCCUACCAAUGUGGAAGAGACCUUGACGAAAAUCCAGAGCAACGCCAAAGAUCUGGAGGAGGUGAACCUUAAUAACAUUAAGGACAUUCCCAUUCAGACACUGAAACAAAUUUGUGAAGCCAUGAAAAGCAACACUCAAGUGAAGAAGUUAAGCCUGGUGGCCACUCGGAGUAAUGACCCCGUGGCACAUGCUUUGGCUGAGAUGCUGAAGGAGAACAAAACCCUCCAAAGCCUCAAUAUCGAAUCCAACUUCAUCACCAGUGCUGGAAUGAUGGAAGUAAUUAAAGCCAUGAAGCAGAACACCACACUCUGCGAACUCAAGGUGGACAACCAGCGCCAGCGGCUGGGGGACUCUGUGGAGAUGGAGAUGGCCGCCAUGCUAGAAAACUGUCCUUCCAUUAUCCGGUUUGGCUAUCACUUCACGCAGCAAGGACCAAGGGCCAGGGCUUCGUUCGCCAUAACCAGAAACAACGAAUUACGCCGCAAGCAGAAGAAAACAUAAUGACCCACUCCGUGACAGACUCCAGAGUGUCCUUAGCUCCCUCACGUGCCUAAAAAAAAGAUCCUUCACGCUCCAGCUGCUCCCAAGACCAAACCUGGAGCUGCAGACAGAAUUUUUUUUUUUUUAAGCCAAAGAUUUAUCAAAUACAUUUUUGCCCUGCUGUCCUCCUCAACUUGUACGCCACCUCGCUCUUACAAUCUCAGGUUUCUUCCCUUUCCUCUCUCAGCAUCGUAGUGCCAUGCCCCAAAUUUCAAUUACCUCUGUAAAUAAAGAGAUUUCAGAAAGGUA